UGGAAAAAGAGGAUACCCCUUUACGUAAGGCUAUCACUUUACACAAACGGGUAGCCAUUGCUUUGUAUGCAUUGGGAUCAUCGGCAGAAUAUCGCACCAUAGGAAACACGUUUGGAGUUGGAAAGUCCACUGUAUGUGGAAUAGUUAAGGAGUUUUGUAUUCAGACUUGGAAGGUUUUAAGUCCAACUUUCAUGCCAACUAUUCCAUUGACGAGACAAAAAAUUGCCGAAUUAGUCCAGGGAUUCGAAAUUAUUGGCUUUCCUCAGUGCAUGGGAGCAAUUGACGGUUGUCAUAUUGACAUUCAUCCUCGUAGACAAGAUGCCACGGACUAUCAUAAUUACAAAGGGUGGUAUUCCACCAUCCUACUCGCGUUAGUUGAUGCAAGAUACCGAUUUGUUUAUAUCAAUGUUGGUAGUCCAGGACGGUGUAACGAUUCCCAAAUUUUUGAGUCAUCAACGCUGAAGGCACAAUUAGAACAGUGUUCUCUCCUUCACGAAAUGAGUAGAACUAUUUUAGAUGUUGAUGUGGCGGUUUUCAUAGUAGGAGACUCAGCUUUUCGUUUCAGCAAAAUAUUGAUAAAGCCUUAUGCAUUCCAAAUAAUGCAAAAUGAAAGGGAAAAAAGUUUUAACUAUUCGCUUUCGAAAGUGCGAAGGGUUGUUGAAAAUGCCUUUGGUCAUCUUAAGGCCCGAUUCCGACGAAUAGGCAAAGGUAUAGACAAUAAAGUCGAAAAUACGAAUGCUAUUAUCAAAGCAUGCUGUGUUCUGCACAACUUCUUAAACGAAAGAAAUGACAACAUUAACGAAAAAUGGAUGUCCGCUUUGCAGGAUAUAGAAAGGAAUCGUCAAUAUCCACAACAAGAAAUGUCUGUCAACGAUCGUCAAAAUAGUGCAGAAAUAAUUCGAAAUAGUCUAGCUACCUUUUUUUCUGCUGAUGUCGACGGUGUUGGGGUUGCACAACCGGAAAGCGAAGUGGGAGAAACACCACAUUCAUAGAGAUCGCCCGAUGAUGUCUCUAUAGAUAGUGCCACCAUUUCACUAUUAUCU